AUUCCCAAAUCUCAGCCAAACACGCCCUUGCUGAGGAACAAAGCYGAUGUUCGACUGCGGAUUCGCUGUGUUCAAAAUCAAGUAGAGAGCCCUUUGACUAUAAAUCCCUCAAUCUAUCGCUCGCUACACAUUUCGGCUAAUUCCCAAAUCCCAACUUUAUUCAACGUUGUGGGGUUCCAAAAAUACACUCCCAAAGCCCUUAAUCUCCACCGCUCUUUCCAGUUUCCCCCUUUUCCCAUUCUUAAUCACCAAAGUUUCUGAUUGCCCCGCGCCAAUGGGGUUUCCUUUUCUCUGUUUCCCUCGAUUCUGAAAGCUAGAGCAGCCGUUUUUCUCCAAAGAGAAUUUAAAUAUAAAACAAAGUUUCUUUUCGUGUAUAAAUUGUAAUCUACAGCGGCGAAUUUCAGGUUCUUUUGCUCCUUCCUUCUUUACCCUCGAUAGCUAUGAAACGAGGAUUCUCAGAAUCCCCAUCGGCGUCCUUGGGGCCUCCUCAAUCCAGAUUCAAGUAUAACCCAGAAGGCGAUGCUGAGUUCUUAGAAGAUGAAAGCACCAAGAUUUUUGCCCGGAAAGUGGCUGAACAUUACAGUGCUAGGACGAACCAGACUUUGGAAGAGCGAGAAGCUAGUGUUAUCAUCCAUUUAAAGAAGCUUAACAAUUGGAUUAAAAGUGUCUUGGUUCAGCUUUAUGCUCGCCGAGGAGACGCCGUUCUUGAUCUUGCCUGUGGCAAGGGUGGUGAUCUCAUCAAAUGGGAUAAGGCCAAAAUUGGAUACUAUGUUGGCAUUGAUAUAGCUGAAGGAUCGAUAGAAGAUUGCCGUACUCGUUACAACGGUGAUGCUGACCAUCAUCAACGUCGUAAAAAGUUCUCAUUUCCAGCCCGCCUCAUCUGUGGUGAUUGUUAUGAGGCGAGGCUGGAUCAUGUCCUAGCAGAUGAUGCUCCAUUUGAUAUUUGCAGUUGCCAGUUUGCGUUGCAUUAUUCUUGGUCUACUGAGGCCCGUGCGCGACGUGCCUUGGCCAAUAUAUCAGCUCUUCUCCGCCCAGGAGGUAUUCUCAUUGGAACCAUGCCAGAUGCUAAUGUGAUCAUCAAAAAGCUUAGAGAAGCUGAAGGCUUGACGUUCGGAAAUAGCGUCUACUGGAUACGUUUUGAUGAAGAACAUGCAGAUAAGAAAUUUAACACAUCCAGCCCUUUCGGUAUAAAGUACUUGUUUCAUCUAGAGGACGCUGUUGAUUGCCCUGAAUGGAUUGUCCCAUUCCAUGUUUUCAAAUCGUUGGCUGAAGAGUAUGACUUAGAGCUGGUUUUUGUCAAGAACUCACAUGAAUUCGUGCAUGAGUACUUGAAGAAACCAGAAUUUGUGGACCUUAUGCGACGACUUGGUGCCUUGGGUGAUGGCAACCAGGAUCAAAGUACAUUAUCUCCGGACGAAUGGGAAGUGGCGUAUCUGUACCUCUCAUUUGUGUUGAGAAAGCGAGGCCAACCCGACYGGACGCAGGCAACAAAUCGAAGAGACAGAGGGCAAAUGCAGAUAGCAAAGGGGGACAUAAUGUACAUUUCAACUGAUUAAUUCUAAAAGUCCCUCCCUUAGCUUCUGGGUGAAGAACUUGCUUGGCUUAAUGAAAAGCAACCGAGUUCRGCCCCCAAAACCAUCUUUUUUUAACUGUUCUUUUACUGUAGAAUACUGCUGAUCAAUUUUGUAUCUUCAUUAAAAUAAAAAUGUAAGAUUGAACAGCCUUGCUACUUCAGAGAAAGGAAAAAGAAAGGACUAAUAUUAUAGCAGAAAAGAUUUCUAUAAAUGGCCAUUUCAAUUCAA